GAACUUUUGAUGAAAUUUUAUACUAUAAAUCAUUCUCAUUAACAUUAUUUAGUACCACUAACCACUCCAAGACAUAUACGUAACCAAUAGCCACUUACCAGGGAGGAGAGAGAAAACAGCAAAAUAGAAAUUCCUCCUAAAAUUAAUACAAUUUCUUUCCUAUCAACAACUCAAUUUUUCCAUUUUCUCGAGGUUUUACAGAGUUUAACAAUGGCGAAUUUGUACGUGAAAGCUUCUCCACCUGCAGAUCUGAAUAGGAAUACUGAAUGGUUUACGUAUCCUGGAGUUUGGACUACUUAUAUUUUGAUUCUCUUUUUUUCAUGGCUUCUUGUUCUUUCCGUCUUUGGUUGUACUCCUGGCAUGGCUUGGACCGUUGUUAAUCUUGCUCAUUUUCUUGUCACUUAUCAUUUCUUUCACUGGAAAAAAGGGACACCAUUUUCUGAUGAUCAAGGAAUAUACAAUCGCUUAACUUGGUGGGAGCAAAUUGAUAAUGGGAAACAACUAACACGUAACAGGAAAUUCUUGACUGUUGUACCUGUGGUGCUGUAUCUGAUAGCUUCACAUACAACAGAUUACGAACACCCAAUGCUCUUUUUCAACACCAUUGCUAUGCUUGUCUUGGUAAUAGCCAAAUUCCCGAACAUGCAUAAAGUCCGCAUCUUUGGUAUCAAUGGUGAUGAGUAAGGCAGUCGGGCAGUCAGCUUGUUUUAACACUCAAAAGGUGACUUCUGAUCCUUGUCCAUCAGCUGCUGGAAGAACACACUACUGUAUAGAAAAACCAGAAAAGAAAAUGGUUGUGGAUGAUGUAAUGCUUUUGUAUCGCCUAAAUUAUAGCCCACCUGAAAGAGAUUAUGAACAAAUAAUUAGUAAUCUUUUGUACAGCUAUAUUGCUUGUUCAUCUAGGUGUUUGGUUUCUGAUAUGCGCAUGUUUCUGGUUUUUCAGAACGAUAUGCCAAGAACCUUUUGAAUCUGUAAUGAAGAGAAACUCGAUACUAGAUUUGUUAUACUUGUAUGGAUCAAUAUGGGUGCGCUUGCUUCAGAUAUUAAAGCCCAUGCUGAAAAAUUUUAUAUAUUUGCAUUUGAA